GUCCCAGAAUCUGUAACCAGAUAAAAACUGAACAUAUAAAUUGUCAGUUAAGGAGAGCAUACAGUUUUAUCUCUUUUCUGGGUAUUUGAUACAUAUUGUGUUACUCUGCAGAAUUAAUAAGCAAGCGCAAAAAGCUAUGAACGUGGACUUAUCUCCCAAGUUUCCCCGAACAUUUGCUGAGGGAGAAGGCGGUGGAUACUACAACUGGGCAAGUGCUGACUCUCCGAUGCUCCGAGAGGCCCAAGUUGCUGCCGGUAAGCUUGUUUUGAAGCCUCGGGGUUUCGCUCUUCCCCAUUAUUCGGAUUGCUCCAAAGUCGGUUAUGUUCUUGAAGGUAAUUGUGGAGUUGGACUGAAAUUAGCGGCCGACCCAAAGGAUAAGAUGGCUUUCAUAGGCCUUAAGAAAGGGGACAUAAUACCAGUUCCACUCGGAUCAGUUUCAUGGUGGUAUAAUUAUGGAAAUUCCGAUGUGGUUAUAGUGUUCCUGGGUGAUACUACUAGGGCCUACGUUCCUGGUGAAAUUACCUACUUCUUGUUAGCAGGACCUCAGGGUCACUUGGCAGCUUUCUCUCCUGAAUUCAUAGCAAGAACUUACCAUAUCAAUGUGGAAAAAGCACAAAAGCUUGCCGAUAGCCAACAGAGCGUUUUUUUCAAGAAGCUUGGCCAAGAAGAAGCAGAAGGCAUCCCGAAGCCUUCCGAGGACCUCGUAAACAUUUGGACCCAGAACAUUGAUAGUGCAUCUCCUGAUGUUCAAGUCAAGAAUGGAGGCAAAUCCACCACGCUGACAGGAACUAAAUUUCCUUUUCUUGGAGAAGUCGGGCUAAAUGUAACUCGCUUGGUACUUGAACCCAAUGCCACUCGAGCACCGGCCUAUGCAUCUGAUGCACAAGUAUUCUACGUUGCAAAAGGAAGUGGUCAAGUACAAAUUGUCGGUCUUCAAGGCAAGCUUUGUUUGAACACCAUAGUUGAGACUGGCCAAAUAUUUGUUGUGCCAAGUUUUUUCAUGGUCACCUUCUCAGCGAAUGGAGAAGGAAUGGAGUUGGUCUCUAUUGUAACAUCUCCACGACCUGCCACCGGUGAAUUAGCCAGUAAAAAUUCGGUUCUGAAUACAAUUCCCUCAAUUCUGCAAGUCAGCCUUAAUCUGACUCCGGAGCUUAAUCAACAUUUCCGGCAGAUGAUGGAAACUGGCACAAUCAUUGUCCCUCCAACGAACUUGGACCAGGCUUAAAGCCGACGAAGAAAGCUAUGGAUGUACUUUGUGCAUUGUCUUUUUUUUUGUUUGUGUACGUGCGAAUUCAUUUUAUUUUUUUUUAUUUAUAAUAAACUCAUGGAGUGUUUUUAUAUAUAAAGUUUUCACUUUUUAAAUAUUUUAAUAAUGUAAGAUAUUUGAACUUUAUAAAAUACUCUAUUUUUCAACACAAA